GAGCGCGGGGCCCGACGGGACGGGGCGGUCGGUGCGGUGCGAUCCGAGCGGCGGGGCCAGCACGCGGCGCGGCCAUGGCGGACGGGGACGGUUCCAGCGUGAAAAAGCGGCGGAAGAAGGAGAAGCGGGCGCUCGCCGAUGAUGAUGUAGCGGACAUCCAGCACACCGAGGACUUUCUGAUCAAGCCCGAGUCCCGCGUGGCCCAGCUGGACACGUCGCAGUGGCCCUUGCUGCUGAAGAACUUCGACAAGUUAAAUGUGAGGACAGCACACUACACACCUCUUCCUUCCGGUGCUAAUCCCCUGAAGAGAGAAAUUUCUGACUAUGUUAGGUCUGGCUUUAUUAACCUGGACAAACCCUCCAACCCAUCCUCUCACGAGGUGGUGGCGUGGAUCCGGCGCAUCCUGCGAGUGGAGAAGACGGGGCACAGUGGCACCCUGGACCCCAAGGUGACAGGGUGCCUCAUCGUGUGCAUCGAGAGGGCCACACGGCUGGUCAAAUCUCAGCAGAGUGCAGGCAAAGAGUAUGUGGGAAUUGUUCGGCUGCACAAUGCCAUUGAGAGUGAGGCUCAGCUGGCCAGGGCCAUAGAAACCCUGACAGGUGCCCUGUUCCAGCGGCCCCCCCUCAUUGCUGCUGUCAAACGACAGCUAAGAGUCAGAACCAUCUACGAGAGCAAGCUGGUGGAGUAUGAUCCUGAGAGAAGAUUAGGUAUCUUCUGGGUGAGCUGUGAAGCAGGCACGUACAUCAGAACCCUCUGUGUGCACCUGGGGCUGCUGCUGGGCGUGGGGGGCCAGAUGCAGGAGCUGCGCAGAGUCCGCUCGGGCAUCCUGGGAGAGACGGACAACAUGGUGACCAUGCACGACGUGCUGGAUGCCCAGUGGCAGUACGACAACAACAAGGAUGACAGCUACCUGAGAAGGGUCAUCCUGCCCCUGGAGAAACUGCUGACUUCACACAAGAGGCUCGUCAUGAAAGACAGUGCAGUUAAUGCCAUUUGCUAUGGAGCCAAGAUCAUGCUGCCUGGUGUUCUGAGGUAUGAGGAUGGGAUUGAGCUUAAUCAGGAGAUUGUUGUCAUCACCACAAAAGGAGAAGCCAUCUGCCUAGCCAUUGCCCUGAUGACCACAGCAGUCAUUUCUACGUGUGACCACGGCGUGGUGGCAAAGAUCAAGAGAGUGAUCAUGGAGAGAGACACCUACCCCCGGAAAUGGGGGCUGGGCCCCAAGGCCAGUCAGAAGAAGAUGAUGAUCCAGAAGGGUCUGCUGGACAAGCAUGGAAAGCCCAACGAGAGCACACCAGAGUCCUGGAAGAUGGAAUAUGUGGAUUACAGGGAUACUUCCAGGAAAGAAGCAGCUGCUGAUCACCAGGCUGUUUCAGAGGUGGACAGGGCUGCAAAAAGAAAGAGAGACUCAGAGAGUGAAAACGAGGAAGCUGUGACCCCUCCAUCCCCUGCCACCCCACCACCAGAGGAGCUGAGCAAAAAGGAAAAGAAAAAGAGGAAGAAAGAGAAGAAGGCCCAAGAGGCAGCUGAGAGUGGAGGAGAACAAAUUGAGAGGACUAGUGAGAGCAGCAGCAAGAAGAAGAAGAAGAAGAAACACAAGGAGGUAGAAGAGAGCUCGGACUAAGCAGCUGGGUGUGUCCAAAGCAGGCAACCUCAUCAGUGUAAGGAGGAGGAGUUUUAGGCCUUGAGAAGAGGAGAACUGGCUGUGUGGCAGAGGAGCCAGCAAGUUCAAGUUCUUUUCUGCUGUUUAUAUGAGUGAGGGGGUGUUUGCCCUGCUCAGGUGCCCCUCUUCAUCCUGUUUUAAGGGUUGCCAGAGGAGCAGGGUGCCUCAUUGUCCCUGCACUGGAUUGAUCUCUAAAGCUGAGCACCAUGAUGCCAACAGAAGUGGUAUCUUCAGGGAAACUGUAGCUUCUGGAUCUUCCUUGGUCUCUGUUUUCACCUUAGUGAGGGUGGAGUAAUCUUUCUCCCCCCUCAUGUACUGCCUCUUUCUUCCUUUUCUCCCAAGGCUGAGGCUGUUACCUGACAGUUAAAGAAUGUGUUGCUUCCUGGAGGAGUGGCUUUGUCACAGCCCAUGUGCAUGGGUUUCCAUGGGGACAGUCAGAUCAGUUAUUUCUGAAGGACUGUGUUUUGUUUUAACCUGGCCACAUGCUUGGCUUCACCUUCAGUUAAAUGAGAACAAAUAGUCCACUCAGAUUGUUUUUCACUCCUUUUUUGACCUUUAUCAUGAAAGGAUUAGAGAACUUAAUUCCUCCUUUUUGCUUAUAGCACGAGGCUGUGCUUGUUCAUGGUGUGCUGAUUGCCAAGCCCAGCAGUGUGUCCCUUUUGCUGGCUCUUUGCUCUUCUCUACCCUUUGUUGGACUGCAAAGCUGUUGGUUGCCUUGCCUGGUUCUGAUGCCCAGUGUGCUGUGAAGGCUGGAGGUGGGGAUGUGGCUGGAGGGCAGAAGGUGACCAGGAGGUGACCAGCUUGUUCUUCAUGCUGCUGGGACUGGAGUCCUCCUGAGGAAAAGCUUGGUCAGAGGCAGGUCUGCCAAGGGGCACUGGGGGUGGGCUUGAACGGUUUCAGAUAAAUCUGUUGCUGACCUAUCUGGAAUUACUUGCUGGGGGCAGAAGGUCUCUACUCUGUCACAGGGGUAGUGCUGAGCCAGAAUUGAGUUCCUUUUAAUGAGGAAAAACCUCAGGCUGUUUUGUUCUGAGUUUCAUCCCUGCAGAGAUUCUGUCAACUGUUGGUUUAACCUCGUGCACUGCUUUAGUCUUAAUGGUCUAUCCUCCCCUCCAGUGCUGGAGAUGCAGGCAGAGGGGACAGCAGCUGGUGGGUGUUAAAACCUGAGCACGAAAAAAAAAAAGGUCCAUUUUUAUUUACUCUUUUUUUACAAAAAAAUAAAUAAAACUUCCAGUUUUGAACAGGUGAUUUUCUUGCUCCUUU